AUGGCCGCAUCGCAGAUUCCAAACCUCAACCUCCUUCGUCGUGGUCGAGGCCGAGGGCGUGGAGGUAGUCGUGGAGUCGAAGAUGGCCACAGUACUCGGACGUCCGCUAAAGAUCGCGUCGUGCAGGGUACUGACAAUGACGCGAGUGUUUCUCGUCUGAGUGCCGUCGAGCUGGGAUAUCUCGUCGAUCCCUACGCGACAGCAUUGACGCCGCCUGGGUCUGCAACGAGAAGGUUUCCAAUUAUCAACAGAGGGACCUACGUCCGCACCACCGCAAUUGAUCAGCUUGUCUCCCACUUCCUCGGUUCAUACUCCCCUGAGUCUCAGCACCAGAAGAAACAAAUCGUUUCACUAGGUGCUGGGUCAGAUACACGUGUUUUCCGACUCUUUGCCUCUAGAAGACCGUGCGACGUCAUUUAUCACGAGAUUGAUUUUGCAGUCAAUACGUCUGCGAAGAUUCGUGCGAUCAGAUCGACGCCAAACUUACAAAGGGCGCUGGGACUUGAUCCGUCGAGCAAUGACGUGACUGUAUCAGAAGCGGGCGAUGCGCUACACACACCCUCCUACCAUAUUCACCCAUGCGACCUACGAUCGCUAUCGCCAAACCUCUCCCUCACGGAAGCGCUCCCAGGCAUUGACAGGAGCCUACCGACACUGCUAAUAUCGGAAUGCUGCCUGAUAUACCUGUCUCCCACUGAGGCCGCUCAAGUGGUGACUUUCUUUACUGAACAUCUCUUUGGUCCUACGCACGAGCCCUCCGAAAGUGGUGAAACGCAGCAGAGUUCGCCAGCUGCGACGCCUCUUGGAUUGAUUUUGUACGAGCCAAUUCGACCAAACGACCCCUUCGGACGCACCAUGGUGUCCAACCUCGCGACUCGAGGUAUCCAGCUUCAAACACUCAAUAAGUACGCCUCUCUAGAGGCUCAGCGAGCUCGGUUGUUCGAACAAGGCUUCGGAACCGGUCAAGCUGCCGCCGAUAUUGAUUUCAUUUGGGAACGCUGGGUAGACGAGGAAGAAAAAGAGCGAGUGGCUAGUCUGGAGAUGCUGGACGAGAUGGAAGAAUGGCGUUUGCUUGCCCGGCAUUACUGUAUCUCAUGGGGAUGGAGGAAUGGCGGGAAUUCUGCGGCAUUUAAUGGGUGGACGACUUUGCAAGCCCAACCCGGCGAGUGA